GCAUGUGUGAGUCAGUGAAUGAGUGUUUUUAUUCAGAGCGUAUGUACGUGCUGUUGUAAAACGUGUGAACGAAUUAAUUUUUUUGCGCUGUAUCGCAGAGUUUUUUUUUCAUUCUUUUUUCUUCGAUUUGUGAUUUUAUCGCUGCCACCGUCGACAUUUAUUUUGUCUGGUAAAUUUCAAGUACAUGAUUUUUUAAAACUAAUUGUUCAAGUUCAUCGGGUUCUUCUGAGGUGGUCGAUCUGAUCUAUUUGAAACGCACAUUAAAUAAAUACACGCAUUAAACGAUCCGAAAGGUCGGACGUAUUGUUGUUGUUCAAUCACCAAAAUCGAUUCUUAUUUGAAACGAUUGAAAGGCAAAAGACAGACUAAAUAGAAAAUGUCACGAUUUAGCGGAGCAUUGCAGCUCACAAAUUUGGAUGAUUUCAUAACACCGUCUCAGGAAUGCAUUAAACCCGUUGAAAUCAAGAAAGGCAAAACCAAAACUGGCUCAAGAAUAACAAUAAGCGAAGAAGGUGUGGAUUUGAGUCGUCCGCCAAAAUUGCAAAAAGUCGAAAUCACAUUGGGCGAUUGUUUGGCGUGUUCGGGCUGCAUCACAUCGGCCGAAGGCGUUUUAAUUACGCAACAAAGUCAAGAAGAGGUAUUGAAAGUGUUGAAAGAGAAUAAUGUAAACAAAGCGGCUGGCAACGAUGAUCAAGUAAAAACGGUCGUUUUUACGGUUUCACAACAGUCGAUUUUAUCGCUGGCUUAUAAAUACGGUUCCACAGACAUGGAAGAAAUAGCACAACGUCUUACCGGAUACUUAAAGCGUUUGGGUGCCGAUUUGGUGGUGAACACAAAAAUCGCUGACGAUUUAUCGUUGAUUGAAAGUCGAAAUGAAUUUUUAGAGCGUUACAAAUCCAUCGUUCUAAGUGAUGAGGGUGCCAAAACCGAAAAUGUUUUGCCAAUGUUAAGUUCAACGUGUCCGGGCUGGGUUUGUUAUGCGGAAAAAACACAUGGCAAUUUUAUCUUACCAUAUGUGUCGACCACUCGAUCGCCACAACAAAUCAUGGGCAUGCUUGUGAAACAGUAUUUAUCGCAACAGUUGAACAUUGGCGCUGAUAGAAUCUAUCAUGUGACUGUAAUGCCAUGCUAUGACAAAAAACUUGAAGCAUCACGUGAAGAUUUCUUUAACGAAGCCAUUAAUGCACGAGACGUUGAUUGUGUCAUAACAUCAAUUGAAAUCGAACAAAUGUUGAGCGGUGAAGGUGUACAAUUACUUGACGAAAAUAAAAUUUCUAUGGAUUGGCCUUGGAAAACCGAAACACCAACACAUUCUGUGUAUGGUUAUGAGAGUUCUGGUUCGGGCGGCUAUGCUGAGCAUAUUUUUAAGCAUGCUGCCAAAGAAUUAUUCAAUGAAACGAUUGACAACGUGGAAUUUAAAGCGCUGAGAAAUCCAGAUUUCAGAGAAGUAUCACUUGAACAUGACGGAAAAGUAGUGUUGUGUUUUGCCAUUGCGAAUGGCUUUCGAAACAUUCAAAAUCUCGUACAGAAACUUAAACGCGGCAAAUCAACUUAUCAUUAUGUCGAAGUGAUGGCAUGUCCAUCUGGUUGUUUGAAUGGCGGUGCACAAAUUCGGCCCGACGGUGGCGAUAGUGUUCGCGAAAUGACAGCACAGCUCAUGGAAUUCUAUGAAAAACUACCACAAUCAAGUGUCGAAAAUCAAGGCACCGAACACAUCUACAAUCAGUUUUUGGACGGCACAGAUAGCGAUAAAGCUAGCACACUGCUCCACACAAACUAUCAUGCCGUCGAAAAGAUGAGCACCGCACUCAACAUUAAAUGGUGAAGGAAAACACAAGACGAUAGGAUGUAUUGGCUUGAAUAUAAUGUAGUAAAUAUUUAUUCCAAAGAAAAAGAAUACAUUUUGUAACGAAGCGAGAGAAACAACAAUAACUAUUAAUACAAAUAAAUGACGUGAUUUAAAAUGA